CAAGGAGAAGGCGCAGGUUCUUCGCCAGUGCCAUCAUGACGAUCACGCUCACUGUUGGCGGGUGGGCCUUCAUCCUGUCGCGGUCAUCCACGAGCACGUUGCUACAGCAGAAGACGCCGGAGAGGGCAAUAAACAAUCAGCAAGGUCUUGACGAGAUAACUGGGCGACUUGCCCACAAUGGCCUUCACAACACGGCGGUGGCUGAGGCAAGGCCAAACGUAUUUUUCAUCAUGAUCGACGACAUGGGUUGGGACGACAUAGGUUACCAGAGUGUCGACCUCAAGCGGGUCACACCUGUCCUCGACAAGCUUGCUGCCGGCGGGGUCAAGAUGACGAACUACUACACCAUGAACACUUGCACCCCGGCGAGGGCGAGCCUGAUGACCGGGCGCUACACCGUUCGGUACGGUAUGCAGUACAACGCCGCCAUCAAUCCCGGAGAACCAUGGGGUGUUCCCCUCUCCGAAAAGAUGCUCCCGGAGUAUUUUAAGGAGGCCGGAUACGAGACGCAUCUGGUGGGCAAAUGGCAUCUGGGGAGCCACAGUCCGGAGCAUGUUCCCUCCCAAAGGGGUUUCGACACAUACAUGGGCUAUCUGGGGGGCUUCGAGGCGUACUGGACACAUGAGACGAUUGGCGUCAUAAGCGACGGGAGGCACGUCUGCGAUUUUGGCUUCGGGAAUGCCAGCGGAUACUACGACAUCAUAGACAGACCCAGCAGCCAAGACAUCUAUGGCAGCGACCAUCGCGAAGUCCAGAAAGAAGCGGAGGAGAAUAGAGACGAUGGUGACGGUGACGGUGCGCACAGCACCACUCCCACGAAGACGUCGUGGGCGUCCUCUUCGCGCUCGAACAGCGACGUCAUGAAAGGACAGUACUCGACACAAAUGUUUCAGGAGAGGGCAAUCGAGAUCCUGGAGACGAAAUCUCCCUUCGACGAAGAGCCCAUCUACAUGCAUCUGGCCCACCAGGCGGUGCAUUCCCCGCUCGGGCUUCCCCCCGCAGACUCCUUUGUGGAGGCUGAGACGCUUCUCCUGGACGAGAUCGGGGCGAGGAUCGGCGAUGUACUGGGUGCGCAGACGCGAAGACACUUCACCGAGGUCUUGAUGUUUCUGGACAAGAGCAUCGGUCAUUUGAUGCACUACCUCGAGGAGAAGGGUUGGAUGGAGAACUCAAUUGUGGUGGUGGCCAGUGACAACGGCGGCGACUCGAGUGAGGGCGGCAGCAAUUACCCUCUUCGGGGGAAAAAAAAUUCUUACUGGGAAGGCGGCAGCAAGGCACUGGAGGUGCCCGCGUUCGUGUACUCAACAAGCCACAUCCCUGAGGCGCGACGGGGCUCGGAGUACGACGGGCUGAUGCACGUCACCGAUUGGCUGCCGACACUCGCGGCCGGGGCGGGUCUCGAAUUGUCGGGAAGCGCCGGGCCCCUAGACGGUGUCAACCACUGGGAGCACAUCGUGGGGUCGGCGACGGCAGUGGACGGGGACAGGCCGCGAACUGAGCUUCUCUACAACUACGAUCCGUACCGCCUGCUGCCGAACAGCAACCAGGUCUAUGACACGGGGCAUGCUCAAGGAGCCUUCCGGUCUGGCAAGUACAAGAUGAUUUUCAAUGUUUCUUGCCAUGGGUGGUACACGUUCGACGGGGACAUUCUCGAAGCGGACCAUUUGACAAACCUCUCAAAAGUGUGCGGGGGCACGUGCAACGAUGGAGGCGAAUGCAGCGACGAAACCACCUCGGACUACCUGUUCGACCUCGAUCAAGAUCCACGAGAAUCGAACAACCUUGUCGACGAUUUGCCCGAUGUGGCCCAAGAGAUGCGUGACCGAUGGUAUGAGGUCACCUUUCGGGAGUAUUCCGACACCGUCUACGAACCGCUUGACCUAAAGGCAUACGAUGUAUGGGCCGACAACAACUGGUGGAUGAUCCCGUGGCUGAACCUCGAGCCACCAGAGAUCUCCCGAAGAUAGCAUGCAAUGAGCAAGUCAGAGGCUUCGGUGGUGCUGCGAAACUACGCCCCUGCUUGUGGAGGACACCUCCUGUUCGGUGCCAUCACCGAUGCCGCCAGGUUCUCCUCCAAGAAAUGUAUAGUGCUGUAUGGUGUACAUGGCGUCGACUUCAUUUCAGGAGAAGUUUAAACGUUGGUAUGCAGCUUGUUAGUCUGUUUGUAAAUAGCAGACCAGCUUGUUCCUUAUUUCGACGGCUUCCUCUUCCAGGGCACAGCCUCCCUCCAUAGUAAGACUUCAUUCAUCAUUUACGCCGCUGGAUUUGGCCGGGACGCUCUUCUCCAUUCACUGGAAGCGUUCCAACCAUUGAGAAUGCCGAUCAAUCCCCUUCUCCUUGGGUGCUUGUAUGUUUACCACGUAGUCUAUCUUGGAGUUCUCAGGAGGCCAUUUUGACCAUUCGUUGUUUCAACUGGAGCUACACCUCAUCAUGAAGUCUCUAUGGUACCUCAUGCGUGACGCUCGGUCAUACGAUGGCCAAAUCAUAUCAUCACGAAGCCCGUCAUUUGUUUUGAUCUGUUCGCUACGGAGGAGGUACUGCAAGAGCCCAGGGCCGCAAACAAAGCAGUCGUGAACCAAGACCCAGAAAGCCCGCCGUCAAUCGCCUGACUGAUCUUUUUGGGGUGUUGCCUUAAAGACUAAAAACAUGUGAUCGGAGAACACGUGAUGGUGGUCAAUUGUGUGUUGUGUGUAGGUACGUAGCCCAUGCGAUGGUGCUUUACCAUGGGCCACUCGGCGUCGUCAAAAGUUGUGUUGUGAAAACACGUGGUCGAACAACAGGUGAUCGUGGUCCAUUAUUGGUGUGUUCUUUGGAGGUACGUAGCCAUGUGAUGGUGCGUUACCACGGUCACUUGGCAUUGUCAGAAGUUGUGUUGUGGCGUUACAAAGGCAAGAUUCAGGAGUUAUUCCGUUAUUCCGAGUCAUGGUGUCCUUCUGUUCGGUUUGCGCGGUGCACUUGGGUCAGGUUUGCGUGGCACAGCAUGCAGGCGACAGGAUUUACGUUGCGUGCCAAGGAGGACACAGGAAAGUAGUAAUAACCUGCACCUGUGUUUGGACGAGCUUCACACAGCACUAAGGCGAUUCUAGCGAAGAGCUCAGAGGUGGAAAUCACACUACAUGGAAAUCACACUACACUGGCGGCGUUAUUGGUUACAUCCGCGAUUUCGUUACAAUAUCGUGUUAUCACGGUCUUCUCGGUUCGAACGUUUUGGCUGGUAUUCGCACUCCGCGUGCCUUUUCCCCAAUUUUAUCCACCGAGUCUGCCGUCCCUGGCUCCUUUGUUCCGUUUCCUUCGUUUCGAUAACGUUGUAGAGGUACGUGUGAGGGUUUUGAGACGUCGCAUCUUCGGCCCAUCCCCUAAACAACCUCUUAUUGACUAGAUCCCUCCGAGGUUUGUUUGUUCUGUAAUUGCAUCUACGACCGACCACCAAGAGUGGGUUAGUGUUGGUAUUUGGAGGUAGCCAUGUGAUGGUGCGCUACAACGGUCAUUUGGAGUAGUUGUGUUGUGACGUCAUGUCAAGAUUCAUGUGUUGUUCCGAGUCAUCAUGUGCCCUUCUGUGCAAUGUGCGUGUGUCUGUAGGUGUUGCACUUGGGUCGGGUUUGUAUUGGAUUCCGGCUGCAUGUUUACAUGUGUCAAUAUAAGGCGAUAGAAAAGCACGAACAAGGAGAACCAGGGAAAGCUGCAUCAACUUGCAUGUAUCUUCUGUGGUCGGACGACUUCCAAGUGGCAUCAAUAAUGAUUGAUUAUCAUUCAUAAA